CACGCACACAAUAUAUAUGGAUUUCCAUACCUUAGUAUUUAUUGCAUUGGAUAAUGAUCAAAUCAAAACAAAAAUUAUUCAAAGUUUUGCUCUUGUGGAGUUGCUUGCGUGCAAAGUUACACUCAGUUAAGUGAUCUAGAAUUUCCGACGCAAAACAUCGCCAGCAUUGAAAAUGGAAAUUGUUAAUCCAAAUGCGGCCAUUCUCACCAAUUUCGAGGUUAUGGCGACGUUGAAAAACAUGAAAAGCAGCAAGAAAAAGCACGGACUUCGGAAUUUGGCCACCAUUACGUACGAAACGCUACAGUAUCUCGAGGACACCCCAUGCAAAGAGCAAAGCGCCGAAUCGGUGGUGCAGUUUCUGAAGGAUAUGAAGCAAUUCAACCUGACCAAGAAUGAGUGUCUGAUGAUGAUCAACGAUCCGCCCGGAUCGGCGCUACAUAUUCAAAUCAUGAUCGAGGAUUCCGACGAACGACUGACCGAUGAGCAGGUUAAUCAUAUUCUCGAGUGCACGGCUAAGUUACGGAUAGGAGCUGGUCAGCGGAUAGAGGGAUCGGAGUAACAUUCAUCCGAUCAAUCGUUUCUUAUAUUAAGAAAUUAGUUUAGAAUAUUUUAUUAUGCAUUACUUGAGAAUAAAUUAAUCCCGGCAAUUGUA